AUGGGCUGCCUGGGGGUAUUCAUAGCCGUCUUUGCGCGCGGGUCGGUUUUCCGCAAGAGUGUGAUACGCCGCGCCGCGGCCUUCACUUGGCUAGUCUCGGGAUUUUUGUUGUCCCUUCUGUACGCUCUCCGCGUGGACGUCCAGCACGAGGACGUCGACAACGCUAAGGCCUUAAUCACGGACUUCCACAACCUCUGCACGUUUUUGCUGGGCUUCUUCCUCUCGACCUGCUACGCGCGCUGGUGGGCCAUCCGGUUUGAGGGUAUCGGAGGGCUGUGGGGUGCCCUGGACGACAUCCUCCUCAUCGUGGGGGCGCUGUUCCCGCAGGACUCCGCGGAGGACCGCGAUGUGCGCGACCGCGUGCUGCGCUGGGGCGCCCUCUCCCACGAGCUGAUGUACAAGCAGAUCCGCGGAGACAACGAGUUCCAGGAUCUGGUGGAUAAGGGCCUGCUGCUGCGCGAGGAGAUGGCCAUCCUGGGGCCGCUCUCCUCGCGCCCGCAGUGCGUCUGGGCGUGGAUGUGCAGCUACAUGGCCCACCUCGCGUACGGGGAGGCGGCCAACGGCGGCGGCCGCAUGCCCCACGCCGUGACGAUGCUCCCCCAGCUGUUGGGCUUCUGCUGCAGCGCGCGCGACUCCAUCGGGAAGCUCUUCACCUACACGGACUCGCAGGUCCCGUUCCGCUACGUGCACAUCUUGAGCUUCAUCGUGUGG